AUUUUUUUUUAUCAACCCACCAGAUCGAUAAUAUCUCUCUCUCGUCUUCUCAUCUCAAACCCUAGCUUUUUCUGAACCUCUUCUUCUGAUAUCAACACUUGAGAAUGGGUUCGAAAUCGAAGAACGAUAAUCCACACACAGGCGAUGGAGCCAGUCCUGGGAAGAUCUUCAUCGGAGGCUUAGCAAGAGACACGACAUAUGCUACAUUUAACAAGCAUUUUGGAAGAUAUGGGGAAAUUACGGACUCAGUGAUAAUGAAAGAUAGGUACACGGGUCAGCCAAGGGGUUUUGGAUUUAUAACCUAUGCUGAUCCUUCGGUUGUUGACAAUGUUAUUGAAGAAGACCACAUCAUCAAUGGGAAACAGGUUGAGAUCAAAAGAACCAUUCCAAGAGGAUCUGGGCAAUCAAAGGAUUUCAAAACGAAGAAAAUAUUUGUGGGUGGUGUGCCAUCAACAGUCAAUGAAGAUGAGUUGAAGAAUUUCUUCUCCGAGUAUGGGAAGGUUGUUGAACACCAGAUUGUACGUGAUCAUGAGACCAACCGUUCUCGAGGUUUUGGAUUUAUAAUAUUUGACAGUGAGGAAGUUGUUGAUGAAUUAUUAUCCAAAGGAAAUAUGAUUGAUAUGGCGGGUACCCAGGUGGAGAUCAAGAAAGCAGAACCAAAGAAAGCCUCAAACCCACCAUCUGCUCCUUCAUAUGGUAGCAACUCUAGGGCUCGUUCUUUCAAUGAUGACUUUGGUGUAUUUGGCGGCUCCUAUGGGGGUUUUGAUAGUGGUUUUGGCCCUGGUCCCUAUAGAACACCUGGUCGUUUUGGCAGUAGGCUUGGUGGAUUUGGUGGGUAUGGCAGUGGCGGGGAUGAAUUUGGUGGUGGUUAUGGAGGUUUUGGCAACAGUAGCUUAGGAGGCUACCGAGGUGAAUCUUCCCUUGGUUAUCCUGGUCGCUUUGGGCCCUACAGUGGCGGUUUUAGUGGAGGCUACAGUGGAAGUGGAUUAGGUGGAUAUGGCCGAGGUGAAGGCUAUGGGAGUUAUGGAGGUUCAAGCUAUGUUGGUGGUUAUGACUCUGGUCCUGGUCCUAGUUAUGGUGGAGCAGGUGGGCUGUUUGGAAGGGGAGGAUAUAGUGGCCGUAGUCGGUACAAUCCUUAUGCAAGAUAGAAAGAGGAUUCAUGCAGUUACAUUUAAGCUUUGCCAUAGAAGUUUUCCACAAUUUCCUCUAGUUUUUGGCAUCUCAUGUACUGCAUCAAUAGAUACUUCCUCACAAGUACUAGAGGUGUCUCCUGUUAUUGCAAGUGGAAGCUUUUAAUGCUUGAAUAGUUGCGUUAGACUUGUCUUUUUAUUAUAUGCCUUGGACAAACUUUCUAGAUUGCUUCUAUUAAGUACUUGUCUGGUUGUGGUUUUAUAGAUUAAUUUCUCUCUAGCUUGUUGUGUAGACUGUAGCACAUCCUAUUCUGGAGCUUAUUACAUUCUUCUUAAGUUUUAUUUAGUUUAGACA